AUGAGCCUUACACGACCAGCGAGAUGUCUGCUAUGCAGUUUCUCCCGUACUGUCACCCCGGGCACGCGAGUGCCUCGUCGCCAAUUCCACCCAACCCCUGCGAUUUUGUCGAACCGAAAGUCCAGUUUCCCCAAUAUUAAGGCCCCUCAGGAUCAGACAACCGAUGUCAACCGAACGGGUGCCCCAAGUCGCGAGGACUUCAAGCCCUACACCAAGGAGGAGAAGGAACAAUUGGCAAAGGAAUACUCGGAGGCUCAGAUGAAGGCCAUCGAGGCCGGUGAAGCAGCCAUUGACCCCCAGGAUAUGGCCGACCAGUUCCGUGCCCGCAGUGACCCGAUGAAGUUCAAAUACCUCGACGAUUUCUCCGUUGUCGAGCCCGGCAUUGACCGCCAUGUUCGCAACCCCGAGUCAAACACAGACUACAAUUUCAAGUUGAAGAAGGAGGACGACUUUGUGGAUGAUUUUGGCCGCUUUUUCGCUGAGAUGCCCAAAGAUGCCACUGGUGCUGAUUUCGUCAAAUUCGGCGAAUCGCUGCGAUUGACCCAUGGCAAGGAGGAGAGCGAGCUGAACCCGCAUAGCGCACUGGUUCCCGACCUUUUCGGUCCCGGAGAAACCAUUGACGAGCCUCGUGUGGAGGAGAAGAAGACUGCCGCGGAGAAGGGCGAGAAGGAGCGCUCUCUUGCUGCGGAGGAGCUGACUGAUGCCCUGAAGAGCCUCCUCCUGGCUACUGGAUACACCAACCAACAAGUCAACGGUCUGCGGACCAAGACACUUGUUGCUCACAGCGUUGUGAACCAGACCCGUCUUGGAAAGGUCCGCCGUGCUUACCGUCUCUCUAUUGCUGGUAAUGGCAACGGUAUGUUGGGAAUUGGCGAGGCCAAGUCCGACGAGCCUAGUGAUGCAAAGACCCAGUCACAGUACCGUGCCAUUCGCAACAUGCAGCCCAUUCCCCGUUACGAGAACCGUACUAUCUUCGGUGAUGUCAAGGGUAAGGUUGGUGCCGUUGAGUUGCAAUUGAUGCAUCGCCCUCCAGGCUUCGGUCUCCGUGUUCAAUACCUGAUUUACGAAAUGUGCCGUGCCGCCGGUCUCCACGAUCUCUCUGCUCGCGUUGGCGGCUCGAGGAACAAGAUGAACGCCGUCAAGGCCGCGUACCAGGCUCUUAUGAGCCAGCGUGAUCCCGAGGAAGUUGCUCGUGCCCGCGGCCGCAAGAUGGUCGAUGUGCGCAAGGUCUACUAUGCCGGAAAGGUCUAG